AUGAAAUUAAAGCCUUUUGUUGAAGAUUUUCUUGAAAGUCGAAAUCUACCAAAGCGAGCAAUAUUACUUCUGGAUAACGCUUCUAGUCAUCCACCAGAAGAAGAUUUGGUGACUCCAGAUGGAAAAAUAUGGACAGUGUUUAUGCCACCGAAUACAAACUUCAACACAGAUGAUUUGGAAGCAUGGAACAGUGUAGACAAUGUACUUGUAGAAGAAAACCCGAGUGCUGAAAAUGAACUAGCUAUAGAAAUUUCGGAAGAGGAGGAAGGUGAUACCGCUGUUGUUGUAGCUGUGCCGCCAGUAAAGCAUACUGACGCCAGCGACUGCUUUGAGAAGUGUAUCAAAUGGUCUGAAGAAAACAUCGUGGAACAGGAAAAAAUAUUUUUAUUGAAAAGCCUACAUCAAAAGGCACAGGAUCUCAAAAUUUCUCGCCCACAAAAGCAAAUGAGCAUAACAAAUUUCUUUUCAGUUGAAUAAUGGUCAUAUUUUUGU